CGCGUCCUAUUAAGGUGGAGUUUCACAUGUGUUGCUGCUGUUUGAUGGCGUGUAGCAGCGCCUCGUGAAGAGUUGUGGUCUCAAAAACUUAAUAAAGAUAUACUUCAUCAACAUCUUAAACCACCGGGGGACCGGCUCGCGCUCUGGUGUUGACUGAGAAGUGAAGCAGAAGAUGCCCUAAAAGACAAAAGAAUUACCUGUUUCCUCUGCAAAGCGUUUCUUUGGAUCCAGUUCUUGAGAUAUUGCUCAGGACACAAAGACAAAGAGUUUUGGGGUUUGGAUGUCAACAUGGACGGCAUUGAUAACUACAUCUGGCAGCGCCGCAUCCACCACGGGGUCAGGUAUCAGAAAAACGCAGUUCCGUUCCCGGAGUCGGUUGAAGUCGGUUUGGACUUUAACGCGGCGUUGGAAAGGAAGGAAAAGUUAGAUCCGAGUCUGCUGACGAACGCCGUGAUGCUGGAUGUUUGUGACUUCGCCAAAACGGUGACGAAGUCCGAGAUGUAUUUCUUGUUCGAAAUGCUGGAGUUCAACUUUGACCUCGGCGUCGACGUGGACGAUGACCAGCAGUGCUACGACUACGCAAAACGCACUAACAAUAAAACAAAGCUGCUGAAGGAUCAAAUCAAGAUGAAACCUCGUAGAAGGAAAGAAAAGUUUCCACUACCAGACUUAAGCAAUAUAAUGGGGUCCGCUGCGUCAGCGCCGUCAGGACGCUACUACCCCAAAAGGAACACAAUUGUGGAUAGUUCACUCCUCACUGAUGGCAGCAAAAACAGCCAGUCGGCAGAAGAUCAGAAGAUGGAGAGUAACGGAGCUGCGUUAAUGACUAAGGAACCAAAAGGUCUCCGAUUUACAGGUGGAUCUUAUCCUUACUGUAAAGACGUCGGUGUGACUCUGGUUAUUCGACCAGACGACGCACCCAAAGAGAAACUCGACCCAAAUCUGGUAACCAACGGUGCGAUGCUUGAGAUGCUUGACUUUUCCCGAGUGCUUUGUGGAACGCACACUGGGAUAGUUCACGACUUAAUUAAGCAAAACUUCGGUCUUGAGUUAGAUAAAACGCUUUUCCGUUUGCAACUGUCCAAGCUGAUGGAGAGGAAGUACGCCUGCCUAACAACCGAGGACAAGGAGGCUUUCCGAAAGGAGACUUUUAGAGUCCAAAUCAAAAAACCGGCACAGAAGCAUAAAAAGAGAAAAGCCCCUGAUGCAGAUUACCAAGACUGGGAAAGACUAACACAUGAGAGUAAGAGAAGGGAGACGCUGAGGCUCAAGGAAGUUGAUGCCGACAUUUGGCAGGAUAGUGACCUUUCAUACAUGUGCCCGGUUGAUUUAGAAACAGAAAUGCAGUUAGAUUCGGAGGCAGCACCGGAGAAUAUGGUGUUUGAAAGUUGUUUAUCAGAAACAAAGUUGUUGCUGGAUGUAAAGCAGGAAGAAGAGGAAGUUUUCGUCUCCCCAGUGCAGCUUCAGACUUGUGACUUCAACCCUCGUUUGCCUGGCGUUCGUCCAGAGAACACGACUCUAAAAGCAGUCUCGGAUCUGUUUAUUGAAGACAAAAACGAGGACACAAAUGUAAAAACACAGAAACAGAAGCUGUGGAUGAGACGUGCUCCUCGCUCAAAACAAAUCCUGAAGUCUAGCAAGGUGAACGACAUGUUUGUCCGCUGCAGAGAGAUAGGUUUCGACUUUAAUGUUGGAUCAGGCAACAAUCAGAACUUGGAUCAACACCUUUUCACCAACUGCAUGUUGUGGGAGGUUUAUACAUUUUCAACUGCGAUGACGAAGAGUUUACGCAGUUUCUUAUAUGACAUUCUGGACACCAACUUUAACCUCGUCCUCCAAGAUGACUUGCAUGUGCGCAAUUUCUUUUAUUAUCUCAUAACAAAAGAGAGGAUCCUUCAGAACCACCCUGAUAGAGGGAAAAUGGAGUUUCUCAAAAGUCCCUUUCAGUUCCCUGAAUUUUACAACCUGGUUGAUGUGACCAACGAUUUUCAAACUGGACAGGAAGUUGAGAUGCGGCAGAAUAACUUGGAUCCCAGCGAGCCGACAGAUAUGAAGCGACAGCCGUUCUGUAAAAAGAUAGGACUCAACCUCUUGUCGACAGAACAACGUCCGGUGAGCCAGAAGCUUGAUUUGACGGUCCUGACCACAGGCGCUGUGCUCGAAGUAUUCGUCUUUGUCAGAGAGUUGUGUGGCUCGGUCCAUGAGAUAGUUAACGACCUCCUGGAGCACAACUUUGAUCUGGAUCUGCAAAGUGGAGAGACCAUGGCCGCGCAGGUGAUCCAGAGAUGGUACGCCACCCAGAAAAGCUUCAUGAAAAGGCAAACCACAUCACCUAAGAUCGUAAGUUGGUUGAACACGGUUGUCCCGUUGAAUGGUCACACAAAGCUUGAGCCUCAACCACCAACUGUGGAGGAUCUGGACUCAGAAGACGUUAAGCCAAAAAUGGAUUUAUAUGAAGAUGUGGAGAAGAAGCUCAUCAGAUAUCGCAUCUGCGCAGAAAUAGGAUUGGACCUCAAUGUCCGCUGUAAACCAGAAGCCAAAACAAAACUUGACCGGCGAGUGUUGACGAGGGGAGUCCUCUUUGAGAUGCACCAGUAUGUGGAACAAAACUGCAACCGGUACGUUCCCGCUCUGUACGAGAUCCUGGAGUACAACUUUGAUCUGAGCUCGCAGAACCAUCGCAAAGUAGAGUUUGCCUGGUCCUUUGCAUCUCAGGUGAUCGCCAUAGCAGGUAAAAACGGCAGGAAGGGAGAUUAUCUGAACAAAGUGGUCGAGUUGCCUGUCGAGGACUCCGAGUUCUCACAGGUCGUCUGCAAAGAGGAGCCGGAGGACUGCUUCGGCGAACUGGACCUUAACAACAACGAUAACAUCGUAUUUGUCAGAGAACUGAAGCCUGUUGACAUAGAAGUGGUGGUAGAUUAAAGUCGUAACUCCUGUUGUCCUUGUAGGAAGUCAGUGUUCAGAGUUUUUAUUAUGAUUUAUUAUUUAUUAUUAAGUUCCUAAACCCCCAAUGUGACGUCUUUAAAUCACUUGUUUUGUCUAAAACCUAAAGUUUACUUUCACAUAAGACAAAGAAAAGCGGCAAGUAUUGACAUUUUAGAAGCUAGCACUAAAUAAUGUUUGGAACUUUUGCGGGAAAAAAUACAUAAACUACAAGGCUACUCGGAGAGCGUGGAUAUUGUGCCUGAUGCAUCAGGUAACAAUCGAUAGCAGCACAAAGUAAAGCCUCCAAAAUAACCUUUAAAGUAAAAUCAACACAACAGUUCACAAUGAAGGCUGUAUUCUGCUAUUUUUAUAAUAGCCUCACAACUGAAUGUAAAUAUUAUAUUUAGACAUGUACCCACCCAAAUUCUUUUUUUUUUUUUACAUUAAUGCUAAAUAUUAAGGAUCUGGCUUCGUCUCAAACAGUCAACAUAAGAUAACAAACAGAAGGUUUAUUACAGCAGGACUCGUUUCCAUAAGUGAUACAAAUAUCUGGGCCGUGAUUGAAGGAUGUGUUCCUCCUCGGACCCUGCGACACCCUUCCACCAAGUUUCAUGAAAAUAGGUCGUGUAGUUUUUCUGCAAACCUUCUGACAAACAGACGCAUUGAUCGAUUACCUUGGUGGAGGUAAUUAAUACAUUUCUCUAUCAAAUGUCAAAUAUCUUUCAUUCAAACAAUCCAAGACACAAAUAUAUAUUCUUAAUAACACCACGACGUCAGGAUCCAAAUCAAAUAAAAGGCUUUAAUCAAUAUUCUUGCAAGAAGGAGCCGAGUUUAUACGUACAUAAGAUGAUCACGCUCACACACAGGUUGUAAUGCUGUCGUGUUGCUCAGAGGAGCAAGCUGUCCCUGCUUCAGUAUUUCUACCUCAUUCUAAGGGCAGGAAGUCAAGAAGAUCUUCCAGGUCAGUCUUCCUUUUGUUCACACAAGAUGGUUUCCAGUAAACACAGAUGUGCUGAUCAAUCACCUGAGGAAGGUUCUUUGAUUGAUCCAUAGUUCAGCUGCAGUUCACACCCUGUCCCCUGCUGUGCUGAACACUCAGUAUCUGUCUCAUCAACCAUCAAAUCAGAGGAUGAAACCAGCAAAUGUUUGACAAAUUACUUAUUGUCCAUCGAGCAGCGAAAUGAUUAAAAGCUGGCUCUCUGUUUGCAGAGACGGAGGAAGAUGUUUGUGCACAUACAUUUCAUAAUGUGAGUUUACACGAUUGAAGAAGUACAGUAAUGCGUACAGUGAUUGUAUUCUGUGAGGAGGUGGAAGUCCCUUCUUUUGUCAUUUUGAUGGAACUAAAUCAGUAUUUUCAAUGUAGUGAGUCUAAACAUGAAUCUGUAUUUUCCCGUCUUUGGUUUAGAAUUUGUUUUUAUUAUGUUCUGUUGUCAGGAAUUAAAGUGACUUUUAAUCUUCA